AUGUCCAAGCGCGGAGGAUCGAAUGUCGUAUUCGAAGUGGGUCGUGUCGUCGAUUUCCGUUUGGUCAGUGACCGGGACCAGGGCAAGUUUAAAGGAUAUGGCUUUUGCGAAUAUGAAGUUCGAAAUCUAAACGACGUUGAGGUCGGUGGAAGACCUUUGCGGCUCGACUUCGCAGAGGUGGAUCCUAUGCUUGAUGGCGGCGACCGCUCCGCUCGUGGCCGCACACCAGCCGGACUUCCUCCGGUUCCCAGUGGCGUCAUGCCACCUCCAGGUGUUCCAUCGACGGAUGUGAUUACGCGCACAAUUGCAUCACUCCCGCCCCAUCAACUGAUCGAUAUCCUCACGCAGAUGAAAUCGCUCACGGCGAACGCUCCUGAACAGGCGCGAAGCUUACUCACUGCGAAUCCCCAACUAGCUUACGCUGUUUUCCAUGCUAUGCUUAUGAUGAAUGUGGUGGAUCCUAUGGUAGUUCGGCGUGUCAUGGGAGAGACUGGCAUUAACUCAAGCAUACCCCCCGCAGCACCGACGGUGCCACCCAUGAUGCCGGCAGGGCCUCCGCCGCCUGCAUCGCAUCCCAUGGCUACUCCGCCUGUAUCUAUACAGCCCGUUCCAGCGCCGAUGGAGCCCAGUGGCCCAAUGCCGGCUCCGCCGCAACCACCCCAGCUGGAUAAUCAGCAGCGUAUGCUGCUUCAACAAGUGUUGCAAUUGACACCCGAACAGAUCAAUGCACUUCCGCCCGAUCAGCGAGCAAGCAUUUUGCAACUCAAGGCCCAAUUUGGUCAUUAG